GGUAAGCUCAGGGAAACCCGGAACGUAGAAACACUUUGCAGGGAAACUGCAUUCAACCAGUUUGCCUCUUUUUGAUCGCAUGCGCUAUUGGCGGGGCAGGACCAAUCACAGUGGGACAUGGUUUUAAAUUUCUUCUGCUGCGCCUGGCUUGCGGGGCUAGCAGUUACUUGGAUAGCGUCGAAAGAUGAUGGCCCUCGCUUCCUUCCGAAGGCGAGCUCGAGAAAGGGUGGUAGAAACCUGCCACUUUGAGGUCUUUCACUCCGCGAUCCUUGUGCCGUGGCUUCGGGGCCGCAGCCCAGCCACAGACCUUUGCAAUCUACCGUUAUGGACAAGCAGGCCAAGCCAUUCCUACAGGAAUGUGGGCCAAUGAUCCUGGAUGCUUUGAUCAAGAUCAAAGACGAGGUGGACGCCACACUUACCUUUCGCAGGUCCUGCCGCGAAGGGAUUUGCGGCUCCUGCGCGAUGAACAUCAAUGGCAAGAAUGGCCUUGCAAACACGCGGCUAAGCAGCAAGCCUAUUGAGAUUCAGCCACUGCCCCACACCUAUGUCGUGAAGGAUUUGGUCCCUGACCUCACAAACUUCUACAAUCAGUACAAGUCGAUCGAGCCAUGGUUGAAGCGCAAGGAUGUCAAGUCCAAGGAUGACAAGGAAUACUUCCAGAGCCGUGAGGAUCGCGCCAAGCUUGACGGUAUGUACGAGUGCAUCCUUUGCGCUUGCUGCAUGACCUCUUGCCCAUCGUAUUGGUGGAAUCCGGAGUACUACCUUACUACCUGGGUCCUGCGGUGUUGAUGCAGCCUGAAGAGUCGUCUUCUGCUUGCCUGAAGUUUUGUGCCCUACUGCACGUUGCCGGCAGUGUUCCAUUUCCAGGCAGCAGCUUGCGUUUGGCAGCGCUUAGCAUGAAUGACACCAUGAAGCUGUACCGCUGCCACGGCAUCAUGAACUGCACCAAUUGCUGUCCCAAGGGUUUGGAUCCUGCGAAGGAGACUUCAGGAGCAGGUUGCUGAAACCUACAAGGACGGAUGGAAGUCCAUGAUGACCGAACAGAUCGUCAAGAACAAGGGCCGCGAGUCUGGCAUGAUGUACAUGUGAGCGCGGACUUGGCUGGAAGUUUCCAGACUCAAGCCUGCCAAAGGAGUCAAAAGCAAAUAAUUCAAAGUAUUGUUCCAGAUGUUUGGAGCAAAAUGAAAGCAGCCAGUCUCCCGCUAGUAGCGGGGCAGCUGCGUAGGCAUUCAAAUGUUUAACACUUGCGGCCGUCGGGCGUACCGAUACUGGUAGGACGUUUGCCAAUUGGAGCAAAACCUACAACGGCUGCACAUGCCCAGGUUGCAGUUUAUCGAACAGUGCCUAUUUGCGAUCGCGUUUUUUCUCCCC